AUGAUUAACAGAGAAGCCAGUAAAGCAAGGUGUAAACCACGUGACACGGUGGUUGAUGUUUACAAGGAACUGGGUCUACAUAAAGGAAUAUCACUAAUCUUUCCAGAAUGUGUACUUGUACAGCGCUGUGAAAAUAAUGGUUGUUGCCAUGACACCCAAGAAUGUAAAGUUGAUGUCAAUCAAACAAGAAAUGUAUCAAUGCUGUUCAUCACGCCAACACCAGCAUUCCGGAAUAUUUCAAUGGAUAAGUCUUGUUCCUGUCAAAAUAAGCCUGGAUUCUGCCCUGAAUCUUAUCCGUGCCCAGACGGAGGACUUUGGGACUCGGUUACCUGUGGCUGUCAGUGUAAAAAGCGUUGUCCAUUUCCAUUUGUUCUGGACAGAAUCAAAU